AUGUAGGUAAGCUAAUAGCUAUGUUUGUCUAUCUUUGGAUGUGAUGCUAGAUUAGCAAAAUCACUGAUCUUUCGUAUAUUUCUUUCUUAAUACUACUUCCGUGUUCUUUGGCUCCAAGUAGCCACACAUGUGGGUGCGAUUUUUAUUUUUCUUUAAAAUUCGAGAUCAUCCAUGUUAGGUUUCAAUAUAACAUAUUUAGCGCACUUCACACUUGCUGGAACAAUCUAUCUUUCAAACAUAAGUUCAACAUAUCACUUACCAUCCGCUCUUUUGGUCGAUAGACGUGAUGACAACAAAUAUUGAAAAUUCACACACAAGGUGUCUGAUCAAUUUUUUUUUUGGACAUUUUUGCUAAUUGAAUUAGGACUUAGGACACUUACCAUCUCUAAUACCAUUGUUGGAGAGUCCGAGAAAGUGUCAAGAAUAUGUCAAUACAUCAAGAAUAUUAGAGAGGAAGAUGUAAUAUCUUCACCUGCAACCUUGAGACAUUGGACACAUGAGUUAAUGCUGUCAACAUUAAGCGAAAAAAACCAUCGUUUAUAAAUAAUAUCAGAGUCCUAGUUCGACUUGAUGGAAAAGCAGGGGAAGCGGGAACUUGGCUUUAGAAGUUUAUAGACGCCACAUCUAUAAUUUAUUAUGUUGGUUUUGGGACAGGUGUUUUAUCUAACCUUGAAAGUUUAAAUUAGAGAUGUGAGAUGUCCAUGUUAUUCUUGUUUUUGUUUUUAUACGUUUUGUAUUUACUUAAUUAAUAAAAAAAAUGGAACAUAGAAGAAGAUGCAUCAUGUAACCGCUUCAUGAAUAGACAAUCCGCAAACAUUGCAUUCCAAAUCCAUGUUGUGUUGAGUUGGCCUUAUCUUGUCAUCUUUGCUCACCGUCUUCAUUUUCCAUAUUCAUAUCCAUCUGAAUACAUAAUGCAAAAUUAAAAAUUACCAAAAAUACUUUUUCUCAUCAUCAUAUAAAAAUAACACACCCAUUUGAAUUUCUUCAAAACCCAUUUCAAAUUCUUCAUAAACAUUCACAUUAAUCAUACAAAGUUUCAUUUUUGUUAUUAUAUAUUUUUCUUUCUAUGUUGUCUAAGUUUUCAAAAUGCGUCAGUUUUGCCGCUUCAAGAGACUGGUUAUACCGUCAUUCCUUCACCGUCGCCGGUCUCCGGUCCGUUGUGACCGAUCUCGGCGACGGAACCACCAUGCAUUGUUGGGUGCCUAAGUUACACAACCCAUGUAAACCAUCUCUUGUUCUUGUUCAUGGUUUUGGCGCCAAUGCAAUGUGGCAAUAUGGUGAACAUCUUCAUCAUUUCAUCAGACAGUUCAAUUUAUAUGUGCCUGAUCUUCUCUUCUUUGGUGGAUCAUUCACUUCAAGGCCAGAGAGGACAGAGUCUUUUCAAGCUUUGUGUUUGAAGAAGCUCAUGGAGGCUCAUGGUGUGAAUAGAUUGAGCUUGGUUGGUAUAAGCUAUGGAGGGUUUGUAGGGUAUAGUUUGGCUGCUCAGUUUCCUGAGGUGGUGGAGAAGUUGGCUUUGUGUUGUGCUGGUGUUUGUUUGGAGGAGAUUGAUAUGAAAAAUGGUUUGUUUAGGGUUUCUUCUUUAGAGGAAGCUUGUAGUAUUUUGUUGCCACAAACUCCUGAUAGGCUUAGGGAAUUGAUGAGGUUGUCUUUUGUUAGGCCUGCUAGGGCUGUGCCUUCUUGGUUCCUUGAAGAUUUCAUUCGUGUGAUGUGCACAGAUCACAUUGAACAGAAGAGAGAGUUGCUUGAGGCAAUACUAAAAGGUAGACAAUUUUCCAACCUUCCAAAGAUCAAACAGAAACCGACUCUAAUCAUGUGGGGAGAGCAAGAUCAGAUAUUCCCUCUGGAAUUAGGAGCCAGAUUAAAAAGGCAUAUAGGUGAAAAUGCUCAAAUGGUGGUCAUCAAGAAUGCAGGGCAUGCAUUGAACAUUGAAAAGUCCAAAGAAUUUGCUAGACACUUGAAGUCAUUCCUCAUCGAUGCAGGGUCGCGCCCCUCCUCUCCACCUACUUUGAAGGAGCAAAUUCAAAAGACAUUUUGGUUUGAUUUCAUCAGGUAUAGAUCAGGAUGGGGUGCAUUGGCAUGGUGUGUUGCUUUAUUAUUAUUGCAGCCAAUAUUCGAAACCAAAUUAUUUGUAAUACUUCUCAUCAUUUUUCUUCUAAAUGCCUCUCUCAGUUUCCUCUUCAUUCCUAAUAAACACUUGAGAUGAACCAGUUGCAGAGAUACAUUAUUUGCUGCACCACUUAUAUUUCAAAA